AAAAAAAAAAAAUUCAAAAAGAAGUAUAAAAAUAAAAAAAUGAAUAAAUAAUUAGUUUUAUUUUUGGUUUCAGUCUUGGCUUUAGUCGGUCUUUCCAUCUUCAUGCUUUAACCUCUUGGUGAUCAUACUGACUGUUUCUAAUACCACGAUUCUAAUAAAUGCACUCAUAUGGGAUGUAAAUGGGAUGGAAGCAUGUGCCAUGAUUCUGAUUCUGAAUUCUUCUUAAAAUCAUCAGGCUAAUAUAAAAAACAUAGCUGCCCAAGCACUAGCAACCCAGAAGAAUGUGCAAAAUCUGGAUGCUAAUUUGUUGCACACAUUUGUGUUGACAUGGAUUGA